AACUAUAAAUAUCACAAGAGUUCCCUUUCUCUUUCAUUACAAUUUUAUAUUUGCUCUGACUUUCUCUCUAGGCAAUUUUCUCGUGAUUUCUCUUGAUCGGAACAACAAUGGAUGCUUUUUCCUCUUUCUUUGAGUCUCAAAAUUCUUCUCGGUGGAACUCCUUCAAGAACUUUAGUCAGAUCUCUCCCGUCGUGCAGUCUCAUCUUAAACGGGUUUACCUUUCCUUAUGUUGUGCCCUUGUUGCAUCGGCCACUGGAGCUUACCUGCAUCUCCUCUGGAACAUCGGUGGUCUCCUUACAACUCUCGCUACGCUAGGAUGCAUUUUUUGGGUGUUGUCAACCCCACCUAAUGAAGAGCAAAAGAGAGUCGGUCUAAUGAUGGCUGCGGGCCUAUUUGAAGGAGCCUCCAUUGGUCCUUUGAUUGAUUUGGCCAUUCAGGUUGACCCAAGCAUUCUGAUCACAGCAUUUGUGGGAACUGGGUUGGCUUUUGCAUGUUUCUCAGUAGCAGCUAUGUUGGCUAGGCGCAGAGAAUAUCUAUACCUUGGUGGCUUGCUCUCAUCUGGUCUCUCCAUGUUAUUCUGGUUGCAGUUUGCUUCCUCUAUCUUUGGGGGUUCAACAACUCUGUUCAAGUUUGAGCUGUACUUUGGGCUAUUGGUGUUUGUGGGCUACAUUGUGGUGGACACCCAGGAUAUCAUUGAGAAAGCUCACUUUGGCGAUCUGGACUACGUGAAGCAUGCCCUGACCCUUUUCACUGAUUUUGUUGCUGUUUUUGUCCGUAUUCUCAUCAUCAUGCUGAAAAAUGCAAAUGAGAAAAAUGAGAAGAAGAAGAAAAGAAGGGAUUAGAAGUCUGGGUGGCGGGUGAACUCCUCUCAUUUAACUUUGGGUUGCAAACAGUAAAAGUAAUGUAUAUAUUCGCCUUCUUUUUCUCUGAACUUUGUUAUAGUUAACUAAACAAAAUUGUGUUCAUCAAGUGUUGGGGGUAAUAGUGUCUGUAUUCCCCUAACUUUGGUGAUUGUAUGAGGCCGGAUUUUUCCCUCAUGUUGACAUGUCGGUUUCUGCUCUUUCAAUAAAGCCACUGUUUGCAGUGGUGAAUUGGUUUGCUUAAA